AUGGCUGAAUAUACUCAAUAUCCUAGUGUUCCACAAACCGCUUCGAUCAACGGUUUUGCUGACAGAAUUUACGAUCAAUUACCAGCAUGUGCUCAACCAUGUAUGUUUGAAGAUACUUCUUCAACCCCAUGUCCUUACUGGGAUACUGGUUGUCUUUGUGUUAUGCCACAAUUUGCCGGUGCAAUUGGUGAGUGUAUUGCUCAAAAUUGUAGAGGUGAGGACGUUUCCGUUGCCGAGUCCUUGGCCAAUUCAAUUUGUUCCAGUGCUGGUGUUUGGGAACCAUACUGGAUGAUUCCAGCUAGUGUUUCAGAUGCUUUGGCUUCUGCUGCAACUGAAGUUGAAACUACUCCAGUUUCAACUGAAGCUCCAGCUGAAACAACUGAAGCUGAAGCUCCAGCUGAAGAAACUGCUGCUCCUGAGGAAACUGCUGCUCCUGAAGAGACUGCUGCUCCUGAAGAAGAAGAAGAAUCAACUGAUGCUCCAGCUGAAACUGCUGCUCCUGAAGAAACUGCUGCUCCUGAAGAAGAAUCAACUGAUGCUCCAGCUGAAUCUGAAGCUGCUGCUGAGACCGAUGCUCCAGCUGAAUCUGAAGCUGCUGUUGAGACUGAUGCUCCAGUUGAAUCUGAAGCUGAAGCUGAAUCUGCUGCUGAAACUGCUGCUCCAUCCGAAUCUGCUGCUCCAGUCGAGACAGCUGACGCUGAAGCCUCAUCUGUAUCUGUUGAACUUGCCAAUGCCGGUGUCAUGCCAGGUAUCGCUAUUGGUGGUGUUAUUGCCGCUAUUGCUGCUUUGAUCUAA